CGACAACCUCAUUGAAAUUAUUUUAUAGGGCCUAAGCGUGUGUGUGUGUAUCUUGUGUUGAUUUCGUUUACCUACUUUGUGAAAUUGUGUGGCUGCUUUGUUUCAUAAUUUUGAACCUAAAUUUGGUACUUACCAACAUGUCUUCAGUAUUUUGUGGAACUAAAAAGCAGAAAUUAAACAAUUCUUAUAGUAAUCAUGAUGACCGACCUUUGAAUGGUUACAACGAAUCAGUGGCUAUUCCUGAUAUGUGUUACUUUUGUUUCGAUGUUUUGUAUAGUCAGCUGCAUAGCAUGGACCCACCGCAAACACCUGAUUUUACUAAUGAGGCAUUUCCCCUUUUUGUAACUUGGAAGAUUGGUAAAGAGCAUCGACUUAGAGGGUGCAUAGGCACAUUCAAUGCCAUGCAUUUACAUUCAGGCCUUCGGGAAUACGCAAUAACAAGUGCCUUUAAAGACUCCCGUUUCUCCCCAAUUACGCGGGAUGAAGUCCCCCGGUUGACGGUUUCCGUGUCUAUCCUGCAGCAUUUCGAGGAAGCCGAGAAUUAUCUAGACUGGAAGCUGGGCAAGCAUGGGAUUCGCAUCGAGUUCGUUAACGAACGUGGCUCGAAGCGCACUGCAACCUACUUACCUCAAGUUGCUACUGAACAAGGCUGGGACCAAAUACAAACAAUUGAUUCUCUCCUCCGAAAGGGGGGCUACAAAGCAGCCAUUACAGCUGACAUGCGACGGAGUAUUAAGCUGACUAGAUAUCAGUCGGAGGAAAUCUCCGCUUCCUACAAUGAUUAUAUCAACCAGCGUUGCUAGCAAAUAGCCUCUCAGCCCUGCUUAGGGUUCCCUAACACGAUAUUCGCAUAUCCACCCCCCUUUAUAUAUCGGACAAACACGAGUGACAGUGUUAACGUAGCAUCUAAGAAUACAUACAGUGUACCAAGUAUGUGGAAUUAUACGGAAAGUCAGAAUUAUGCUCAAAGUGGUUCCGGGCGUAACAGAUCUGUCGAUAUUGUAUAAGAUUUUAUCACUGCCAAUGACAUUCCUGUGGGAAGGGUGCCAUCAAAGACUUCGGUAUUUCGUCUUCCCCCGGUCGCACAUUUUACAUUGUACUGAAUACAAACAUCUCUUACGAGUGGUGUAGUAUAAUCACAAAAAGUACAAAACGUAUAAGUUAUAGCAAAAUAUAGGUGUGAGACUAAAUAUUAGAAAAACAUAUUUUUUUAAAUCGACAAGUAAGGGAGCGUUCAAGUCAAGCGCAAUUUUUGGAGAUUAUUUUUUAA